GUAUGUAUAUGCAUUGCAAUGAUAACGAUCGAAUGUUAAGCAGCGUUGGACGAAAUUCUACAUCGUGGGAAAUUCGUUGUUAAAGCAUUGCCCAUAAUGGGAAACGAAAAAAGUGUCUUGAAAGGCUUGGAAAUCGACGAUAAAGCGCUGGAAAUCACUGAUUUCUGGACGCAUCACAGCUCAAAAAUUCAAGGACCUAACCCCCAAAAUUUGUCAAUAUUCAUUAGCGAGCCUUCCUUACAUUCUGAUGCGAGCUUUGGUAAACCGUCACCUUUAGAAAAAGCAGCGAAAAAUUUGAUGGUUCAUCGCCAUCCAUAUAUACUUAAGUACGUGUCUUCUUGGUCGAAGGGUAGCAAGUUCUUCCUUGCCACGGAGGAGGUGAAGCCUCUUGUACAGGUCAUAGGCACUCAGACUACGUUGCAAAUUUGCGUUGGUUUAUAUAGUAUAUUGGGAGCUCUCCUUUUCCUUCACCAAAAGGCCUCGAGCUCUCAUAACAAUGUCUGCAGUAGCUCUAUUUAUGUGACGUCGGAGGGCGGUUGGAAAUUGGGAGGCUUAGAAUAUCUGUGUCAAAUUUCAGAAUUAAAUCUAAUGUACCUCAGAAAAAUAAAGAUGUAUCGCUAUGAAAAUGCAAUAUCGCCUGAUGAGGAAACGUCGAUACAGACCAUUUCAGAUAAUCCGUCUGCCAUCGACAAAUAUGCAUUCGCUGUAUUGGCGGAAGACGUCUUAAAGAUAAAAAAUGAAGACGAUGUUCCUGGUUUAAGUGAAUUUAAACAACUGUGUAAAGAGAAAUUAAAAGACACUACGCUCGAUUGUCUAGUUCACCAUCCAUUUUUCAAUCAUAACUUCAUGAAUAUCUAUGCAUUUUUAACGGAAUUGCCUUUAAAAAAUGAAAACGAGAAGGAAGAAUUCUUUUCUAAAUUAGUCUCGCAAUUGCAAAAUUUUCCUGAGAAAAUUGUCGCCGAGCAGCUUGGAAAAUUACUAUUAUCACGAAUGGUCCUAUUAGAUGCGACAGCUCAAACGAAAUUUCUUCCCAUUAUUUUAAAGCCAAAAGAAAAUGACGAUGACUCCGGCCUCCUAUCCAUUUCUACCUUUCAAGCGUGCCUCGUCCCGCAGCUACUCCAAGUCUUUUGUGUUCGCGACACUCCCAUCAGGUUAUUAUUGCUGUUGCAUUUGCAUCUGUUCGUGAAAACAUUUCAAAUAGAGGAUCUGAGGCACCGCGUGUUACCGGAACUCCUCGUUGGUAUCAAAGACACGGACGAUUACUUGGUAAGCACUACCCUGCGCGCCCUUGCCGACCUCGUGCCGAUUCUUGGCGCAGCCACGGUCAUUGGCGGCAACAGGGGGAAGCUCUUCACCGACGGUCGUCCCAACAAACACCAAAGGAACAAGAAGAACCGUCACGUAAGGUUCAGCAGCCCCUGCAAGAGCGUAAAUACGACGAGCAGCCCGAUAGGUCCCGAAAUGACGGGGUUAUGUUUGCCCGAGAGGCCGUCGCCCGACGGCGGCGAGGAUAAAUCAGAGACCAACUUCAGCUUCGCCGAGGAGGAGAAUUGGUCUGACUGGGAUGCUCAGGAGAACGAAUCGGAGGGUGCUGCCGUAACAGAGUCCGGUGAGCUGGUGCUGACGGAUGAGUACGUCGACGUCGAUAGGGAGGACAAGCUCACGUCCACGAGGUACCCCAAGAAGCCGAUAAUCUCGGACAUCUCGGAGCUGGAUAUCAAGCAUCUGAAGCCGAUGAACGAGAACGCGGAAGAUAUCGACUUUUUCACCGACAUGGAGCCCGUCAUACAAAAGACACAGACUCUGCGGCUAGAUGAGGCAGACGAGAUAGAGACCGAGACAAAGAAGGUCUUUAAUGUCAGUUUGGCGCCAACGGCCACGGAAGUCGAAGGCGACGGCUGGACCGACGGCGACCUCGACGACUGGGACGUGGAGAAUAAAUGCUAA